CUCCAGUCGCCCCGCCCGGCCUGCGGGUCCCGGAGCGAACGCCGCGCGCUCGCAACGGACGGGGCGCCCGCCAGCCGCGCCCGGGAACGGCCCGGGGGGGGGGAUCGGAAGGCGCCCGGGAGCCCCUGAGCCGCCUCCGCGCCGCCGCCGCCGCGCCCCCCGGCCCGAGGAGGAGGAGGAGGAGGAGCCUCGGCGCCGCCGGGAUGUGAUGUCAGGAGGGCGGAAGCGGCGGGGCGGAGGCCCGGCUUGGGCCGAGGGGCGGAGGGCGGCAGAAGCGCGUCUUCCCGGGCGCCGGGACCGGCUGGGCUCGCAUCGCGGCGGCGGGGCGGGGCGGCGGCGCCCCGUCGGGGCUGGGUGCGCGGCCCGAGUGCGGCCAUGACUCUGGCCGUCUUCUUCGGCUGCGCCUUCAUCGCCUUCGGGCCGGCGCUGGCGCUCUUCCUGCUGACGGUGGUGGCCGAGCCGCUGCGCAUCAUCAUCCUCAUCGCAGGGUCAGUGCCGGGGGGGGGGAGGAGAGGGGGACCGGGAAGACCCCCCCCCCGCAGACCGCGCCCCCUCCCCGCGAGGGCCGGCGGAGGAAGAGGGGUGCGUGCCCUGGGUGCGGCCCGGCCCGGCGUCAUCCCGGGGGAGGGGUGCGCCCCGGUGCCGGACCCCCAAGUGCCGGUGGGCUUGGGGGCGGGGGGCGAUGCCUGGGCCCCGGGGCUCCUGGGCCAGGCUGCGGGGUGCCAGGCUGGGGGGCGCCGGUGACCUUGGCCCUCCUCUCCUCCGCUGCAGGGCCUUCUUCUGGCUGGCCUCGCUGCUCUUCUCCUCGCUGGUCUGGUUCAUCGCGGCCAAGGCCAGCGACCCGUCCAACGAGGCGCUCCAGAGGGGCCUCCUCAUCUUUGGGGUCAUCUUCUCGGUGCUGCUGCAGGAGGCCUUCCGCUUCCUCUACUACAAGCUGCUCAGGUAGGGGCGCUGGGGGGCACACGGGGGGGGGGGCUACAGCCUUGGGCCAGGAAAGGUCCCUUUAAAGCCCAGUCCUGCGCUGCCAAGGGGACCCUCCCUCUCAGCAACCCAGUGACAAUCCGGGGGGGGGGAGAAGCAGUGGUGGAAGCUGCAGGUGGCAAGCGAGGCCCCCCGGGAGUCACCGCCCAACCAGCUUGAUGCCAGUCCUGGGCAAAAUAAUGCUGCCCAUGACCCCUUACGCCGGUUGAUACCACAGAUUGUCCAGGUGCCCAUUUUUGACCCCCCAAAAGAAGGCCUGGCAGCACUGGGAGAAGCCUCUGCCUGAAUGCCUGGACUGCUGUGGCUGCUGCCGGUCAGGGCAGGCAGGGCUGGGUGGGUGGAGGGAGGGAUGUGGGGCACCAGGCAGCUCCCCCUCUUCCUGUCUGUGGUGGGUUGAGCAGCCACAGACAAGGGGGGCUGGUUAGGGGGGUCAUCCUGGAGGGAGGCUGGGGGGGGCAGGGCUCUUCCCUGCCUCUUCAUAAUUCCUGGGAGCUGCAGCAAUGUUAUAGAGGUCAGUAAUCUGAAGGAAACAAAGCUGCAUAAAGCAAUGUAGCGCCAUGAGAAAAUACAGCUUCAACUGGUAUAUGAAGAGGCUUAUCAGAGCAGAUUCUUAGGCUGAUUGAAUAUUGGGCCUCCCUGUAACCUCCCUGAGCCUCUCUGCUUGUGUAUCAGAACGUCUUCCCUUCCCCGGGCAUUUUGGACUGAUGCUCAGGGAUUCCCACCCAGGCCUGAGGGUCACGAUCCCACAGCCUCCAGCUGGGCAAAAGCAUGGGAAGCCAAACAGGGAGGCGGCAAGCAGAGGAAGCAAGACCGUUCUUUGCACUCCUCUUACACUGAGGAGCUGCAGUGGAAGUCUGCACCUUGGACCCUGCCUGCUUCUUCGGCCGUCUUCACUCGGAUCUCUUUUGGGCUCCGACGCAUCUCAUCAUGCGGAAGGCCUGCCUUUCCCCCAUAAUCUUACCCUCCAAGGUUGCACAUUGCCGUCAGCGCAGUGAUCCUUCCUGUUGCCAGCACCAACUUGUUGCACCCUCCCCCGACCCCCAUGAGGACUGUGGGGUGGAGGAGACUCCAGGGCAAAGUGAGAUCCCUGGGGCAGAGCGGUGUGGGUUGCCCCAGUGCCCACCACAGGGGCUUGGCAGACACAGCAAUGGCUGCUGCAGGGGCAGAGGAGAUCCUGGUCUGCCUGUAGCAAGGGGUCUUUCCUGGGCCUUGGGUCCCCUUGAGGCCAGUGUGCCUGGCUGGACUGGGAGUGCUGGGCCAAAGGCCGCCUGUCCUGUCUGCAAGACGCCCCCCCCAUCCACCUCUGGAGCUCAGAGAUUCCCCUUGAAGGCUGAUCCUGAUGAGCGCCGCUCCUGGGGAGAGAUGGUGGGCUGCCCCAUGACUGUGAAGGCCAGCAGGGGGGCUUGCCUUGCGUGGACUCCAACCAUCAGCUUGGCUGGGGGUUUCUUCUGUGAGACGUUAUUCUCCUGAAAUAAAGUUGAAAAUAGAGGCAGAGAGGAAGGGUGCCUCUCACUUUGCACCAAGACUGCAGGCUCUCGUUGUGAUUCCUGCCUUGCUGAGGGGGUCCCUUGGGGGUCCCUUCCAGCUCUACAAUUCUCGGGUUCUAAGGCAGGCCAAAGUGCUUAAGGUGAGAUAUGCUGAAGAUUUCCAGUACAAAACUCAGGAUUCCUUCUCUCCCCUGACCAGGAAGGCGAUUGAGGGGCUGUUGGCCCUGAGUGAAGAUGGCUGCUCUCCCAUCUCCAUCCAGCAGAUGGCGUAUGGUGCGUUUCUAGAGGGCAGGGAAGAGAAAUGGGCAAAGAGGGUCUUGGGAGGGAGGGAGAAAGGAGGCCCGAAAGCGGGGGGUGGGGUCCCACUUUAUUCAGAGGGGUCCGACUUCUAUAUCCAUGGGAAGGGCUGCUUGAGCGCGCCCCCCCCCCCCGGUCCAGACAAUCUGGGGCUGAGCUAUCUCCCUUCUGGGAGGGAAAAGAGCGGUCCAGGAACGGGUGGAGAACAUGGGGGAGGCUCUGGGAGCAUUCCUGGUGAAAUGUCUGGGUCUGAGGAGGGGUGGGAGGGAUCCACGGUCUGACUCUGCACACAACGGCUUCUUCCCCGCAGUGGCCGGCCUGGGCUUUGGGCUCAUGAGUGGGGCCUUCUCCAUGAUCAACCUUCUGGCGGACGCUCUGGGGCCAGGCACGGUGGGCAUCCACGGGGACUCCCAGCUCUACUUCCUGACGUCAGGUAAGGGUCUCCAGAGGCUCCCCCCCCCCCUUGACCCCUCUGGCCUGCCUCCUCCCUGCCUAACGGACGCUCUCUCCCGCCACAGCCUUCAUGACGCUGGUGCUGGUCCUUCUGCACACCUUCUGGGGGGUCAUCUUCUUCCACGGCUGUGAGACCAAGCAGUGGUGGGAGGUGGGGGCUGUGGUGCUCACCCACCUGAUCGUCUCUGGCCUGGUGAGUAGCUGGAGGGCAGAGAGGGGCUCACUUCUCAUGCUGCUGCUUGCCAAAAACAGGGUUCAUUUAUUUAUUUAUUUAUUUAUUUAUUUGCUAUAAAGGUGUAGCAUAAAACAAACAGUAUAUUGCAUAAUAAACAAAUCAGGUGCAACAUUUAUUCUUUUAUUAUAAAGGAAGGAUAAAAGAAUAAAUGGAAUAUAAAAUAAUGGCAUCAAUGAAGUCAAGCUACCAAAAACAAAUCCUGGGCGAUAAAGGGCAGAGAAGGGAGCAGCUGCCAUGGGGGGUGGCAGGGGCUUGGGGUCGAGUGGUGCAACCUUGACACUGCGCCUGCUCUGUGCUGAGCUCCCUGCCACGCACCCCCUUCCGCUGCCGCUGACUGGCAGUGAUGUGGGGCUGGGAAGGGGAGAGGGAAAGCACUGCCACCCCCUCCGGCCACCCCACGGGCUGCUAUGGGGUGUCUCUUCCACACUCUCCAUUCCAGCUCCCUUAAGAAGUAGGAAAAUGCAUUAAUCUAAAUCAUAAAGGAAUAAGUGAAAUUAUACUGACUUGGGUCUUCCAAAUUCCCAACUGUUCUUAACUUGCUAGUAUUUAGUAUUUUAAUAGUUGUUUUUUUUAAAAAAAAAAUGAAUCUCCAGAGAAAUUUGCUGUUAUUUAGCUACAUUUAAUUGCCAGCAUAAAACAGUCUGUAUCUGCCUCUCAAAUAGAAAAUUCAGCACUGCAAAGUCAUGUCCCAGGUAAAAAGAAGAGGAGUCCCCAAAGUGUUUGCAGUCUUUAUGCAAAAGUUAGAAGAACUUCUGGUAUAAAAUUAGUAUUACCACAGAAGCAAGUUUUACAGGGGAGGGAGACAUGUGAUGGAGAAGUCUAAUUGGAGCUUUGAAUGGAAUCUGUGAAGCUGCUCCAUGUCCACAGAAAUGGAAAUGCUUCGGGGGGAGAUGGGAAUGGCAUGAAAGGAUGGGGAAGACCAUGCUAGUCUCUUCAUGUUCAGAGGAAGCAGCCCAGCAAGGUCAAAGGAACAGACAGUCGGAGAGUGGGAAAGCCAGCUGAGGAGAAGCAACUCUCCAAAAGCUCCCUGAGGAAUAGAUCCUUGAAAGUCCCUGAAAACAAGACAAACAGAGCCAUUUUUACCUUGUACCCAAAUGCUUCUCAUGUGGGAGCCAGUUGAAAAUCCCCUGGGAGGGAGUUGCGUCAAGGGGGCACCACCACCGAGAAGGCCCUGCUUCUUGCCGCUGGGCUCCCAAGUCGCUCCAGCCUGUGGGUGCAACCAGCCAGGCCCAGUUGCCCACUGGCAGCCAGUGCAUGCUUAGCGAUUGGGGUGGAUGGUGAGACACCUCCCCCCCCAUGAUGCUCCUCCAGGAUCUGGGCUGCCGCAGGCGCAACUUCCUUCCCACGCUGAGUCAGAGAGGUGCCCCUUGCCACACGCCGGCCUCUGCGAUGGUGCAUUCAUGGAGAAACUGGUUCAGGAAGCAGCAGCCAGCUCCCAGGUGCACUGGGGGGGGGGAGAGAGAGAAAGGGCUGGCCCCAGACUUGGGGACCCCCUCCCAUUCUGCUCUUCCCCCCUUCCCUGCCUCUCCUGUCCCAUCUUCCCAAGACCCAGCAUAGGCGUUCCUGGGCACCUUCUGCCCUCACCUGUGCCAAGAGAGCUCUGAAGCGGCUUCCUGAACCCAGCACUUUGGUCAUGGGGAGCUCAGGUGUCGUAUUGGAGGGGGGGUGUUGACACACCCUCUUUGACCUGGGCCAGCACACCUGAAACAAGGUGAAUGGAGUGUCUGGGUCACCAUGAAAGGGGGCCGUGAUGGUCCUCUGAGGGGCCUCACCCCCCCCCCCCAACACACUGCUGGCAGCCAAAGGGUGAGGCAGGUCUGAGAUACUUCUUCCAUUCAGUUGUCAGACCAGCAGAAAUCUGAACAGGCCAAUUGUUAGAUGACGGGUAGGAGCAAGUUCUUAAGGACAUUCUAAAAAUCCUAAAAAGACAAGAAAAGCAGCAGCACAUUUGAGAACUAUCCUGCAAAGGAGAGAAUGGAAAAGUUUCAUUCAGAAUGAAACUCAAUUCCUGCCCUAUCUUCACCUUACAUUUAGCAUAUAGUGAUUCAAAAUCCUGGGUUAGAAUCAGAGUUGUUGCUGAAAGGCGACCCCAAAGGUCAUCUAGCCCAACCCCCUGCGGUGCAGGAACCACAGCUAAAGAAUCCCUCACAGAUGACCACCCAAUCUCUGCUGAAAACCUUCCAAGGCAGGAGAUUCCACCACCGCCCAAGGGAGCCUUUUGACUACAGUCAUAGCUCAUGCUGUUUGCUUCAUGAUACAUUUUUUCAGGUUGCAUCCCGUAGCGACCCGGAAGUACUGGCAAGGGUUACUUCCAGGUUUCGCCGCUCACGCAUGCGCAGACGCAGCGAAUUGCAACCUGUGCGUGCGCAGACGCGCUGCUGUGGGUUGCGUUCUAUUCAUGUUGCGAAUGGGCCUCCGGAACGGAUCCCGUUCGCAACCAGAGAUACCACUGUACAUCUGUUGAUGCAGCCUAGAAUAGCAUUAAUCUUUUUUUGCUGCUGCAUCACACGGUGGACUCAAGUUAAGACCCCUGGAUCCUUUUCACAUGCUUUGCUGGCAAGCCAGGUGUCCCUCAUCUUAUAUUUGUGCACUUGGUUCUUCCCGUCUAAUUGCAAAACCUGACAUUUGUCCCUAUGGAAAUGCCUUUUGUUAGUUAGUUCUUCCUCCAGAAGCAUUUGCUUCCCCUCCCUGUUUGUCUACUGCAAUGUGAUGUUGUCUCCCUUCCUGCAGACGUUCUGGAACCCGAUCUACCUGGGGAGCCUCCUCCCUGCCUACCUGCUCAUGGCAGGUGCUGCCGUCUGGGCCUUCCUCGUCUCUGGCGGCUCCAAAGAGAACCUGCGCCACUUCCUCCUGUGUAAGUAUGGCCAGAGGUUGCCUGAGGGGCAGCAACACCCAUCACCCUGGCUCCAAGCAGCAACCCACCCAGAAGCCUUUGGCUCUCCCUGGAGUUGGCCCCUCCAUCUCCUGGGGCUUGAGGUCUCAGGCUCUUUGCCUCUGACCCCCUCUGUCUGUUUCCACAGGCCUGCGGAGUGGGACAGCGCCACCACCCGGAUCCUGAGGCCCCGCUGGGCUCCCCCGCCCUGUCCUUUGGAGCCAUUUGCUGAGGCAAGGAGGAUGCAGCUGCUGUGCCUUUGGGAGUGCUUCUGGGCCUCAGGAGGGGGCCGCUGGACUUGCCCCCAGAAGCCCCUCUUGGGGCGAGUUGCCGUAGAAGGUCUGGGCACAAGGGGCGCUGCAGCAGAGCUCCUGGACCCUGUGAAUCUGCAGCAAAAGCCCCCUCCCUCCAGAGAGGGGUUCCUGGCUCUGGCCAGCUGGCGUUGUUUAAAUAGGGGGUGGGCUUUGGGGGUGCUGCCGGCAUAGGGUGUUGGGGGGGGUGAGCAUCUGUCUCUGUGGGGUGGGGGUGCAGAGGGAGAGCCAGCUGUGUGGUCUGCCUAGAGGAGAGAGGGGAUCGGGGUGGGGGUUACUGGGGAAGGGAGAGUGCCCCACAUGGCCUCUUUCUUUCAUGGGGGGGGCACAUCUCUGCACAUUUGUACUAAUAAAAAGGCUGGAUGAGGC